CAGAGACAAAGGAUACAUACAGCUGUAGGAGCUCUUGGACCACUUGUUGAUUUAAUAGAAGAGAAGGUGGGGGGAGUAGGAGGAAAGCACUGCAUAUUGUUGGUACAGAACAAAUAAGAAAUAAUUAUUUGCUCUAGAAAGGAGUCACUGAUGGUGGUGAGAAGUGACGUUCAGGAUCAUGUCGGUGUGAACAGUGCCAGCUGGUAGAGCUCCAGAUCUGGUUUCAUACAACAUAGACCAGAAAGCCUUUAACACUUCCCUGCUACUGCAAAGACAGGACUUUGUAUCUUUUGCCCUUUUCAGCAAUAUCCCAAGGUGCACAGGAGAGAGCAAUUACACGGUUAUCUACUUGGAUGAAAACCGCUGCUGGGGGCCCAUCAGCAAGAGUAAUGCUUACAGGAUUUUUCUGGCUGGCUUUGUUUUCCUGAUAGGACCUUUUGUGUUUUUCUCCAUUCAGAAGAAUAAGUUUAUUCAAAUUCUUGCCACCACCAUGUCCUUCUCAGUUUUUUGCAUCAUAUUCGUUGUGGCAUUUCACCUCCUAGCUACUGGCCGUGGCAAAGGACAUCCCAGCUUGGCUAACUUUGGAGCUCUCCCAAACCUCUUUGGAGCUUGUUCACUGGCUGCUGUAUCUCAUGCCACCCUUCCUCAGAUCAUCCCUCCUAUACAAAACAAGGCCUAUCUUGGUUUUGGUAUUGCUAUUGUCUUCAUAGUUGUGGGGACUCUCUAUGCCCUGCUUUCAUUAACAAUCAUGUUCACCUUUGAAAAUGAGAAGAUUCAGACAAUUGUCCUGUUAAAUUUUUUGGACUGCUCUGUUGCUCCUGGGGUGUUCUUCAUUUAUUUCUUAGGACUCUAUACCACUUUUAAGGUGAGUGCCAUCUUUCCCUUGAAUGCAGUGACUUUAAGGGAUAAUCUAUGGGUUAUGUUUAGCCCAUUUCAGUGUUCUCACAUCUGGAUUGUUGAAAGACUCAUCUUUCCGAUAUUGACCAUUCUCCCACCAAUUGUGAUUGCAAUGGUUACAGAGAAUAUAGAAGUGAUUGUAGGAGUAACUGGCUCUUAUGCUGCAACCAUUAUCCAGUUUGUUAUUCCACCUCUAUUGGUGUUCUUCAGCCGGAGAGAUACCCAUGAGAAGUUUGGCCCCAGUGUUCAUAUCAAAUUUGCUUCUCCAUUUCAACACAACCUUUGGAUAAUUAUAGUCAUCAUCUUUGCUGUAUUUGCUCUAAUCACAGUGACAGUAUUGUAUAUAACACAUCAAAGUUAAUAAAAAUAUCUGUGUUACAUAAUAAAACAUAUAGCAAGUGAAUUGGUUAUCCACAAUAUGUCAUACAUACAUAUUUUUGUGCUAAAAACAGAAACAUAACACCAUAUUAUUGAUCCUUACUCAGGCAGGUUAUACACAGAAUUGAUCUGUAUUACACCUUCAUUUUAUGUUCUAACCUGCUCAUAUAAUUUUUAUGUCCUAACUCUCCUAAGAAGUCUUUGCAAAUGAUGUCUUACAUAGUUGUUACACUUUUAUUUAGUAAUUACAUAAAACAUGUUGUAUUGAACUGGUUAAGAUGGAGGGUGGAAUUAGCCACUGUCACUAAUGCAGUGAUUCUCAAAUGGUUCUGUGGUACCCUGAGAUACCUUGAGAUCUUUCUGUUGCAGGGUGCCAUAUAAUAUUAGCUGUUAGAUUCUCAAAACAUCAUUCACAAGAUAAACCCAGAGACUUUAAAAAGGAAUCCAUAGUGUUAAAAGCAUUCUGACCUGUUGUGACCUUUCUGAGUUCUUUGCAACAGAAUUACUCUAUUAUUUGUCUGUAGUAACAAAUCUAGUGAAAACUAAGAGUUGGCAUUUUCUGAAGAGUGCUUUGAGUCUAUUGAGUGCCUUGAUCUAAAAUGGUUGAAAACCACCGCACUAAUGAAAUGCAGCAAUUCCUAGGGCAGGGGCUGGCAACCCCCAGCACAAAUGUCAGUAUGUGGCAAGUGCAAGUAUUUUGCUUGGCACACCUGCCUUGGGGUGGAUGGCAGGGAAAGGUUGGGGCUGUACUGAGACAACAGAGUUUGGGCUCCUUGCAGCUCCUCUGCCAUGCACCCCCGGCAUGCUAGCAUCUUACAAGUUGAAGUUGCAACUGUUUUUGGCACUCUGCCUAAAAGUGUUGCCAACUCCUGUCCUAGGCUAUAUAUCUACACAUAGAAAACAGCUGUUUAACAUAAAGUAAAACUGAACAAUAGUUUGCAGCAGAAAGUGAGGAGGAGGAAUAUAUCUGCAGGGUGAAUCUGAAUAGUUGAUCUUACAGUAGUGACUGCUAAGAUAUUUACAUUGCAUGGCAGCAUUACUAGGUGUCUAGUUUUCACUUAGAUAAAGCAAGGCACAUUCAGAUAGCAAUCCUGUGUCCAUCUGUGAUGAUGUGUGUUGUGUGUGUUUGUGUAGAUUCAUUCCCUUGUCAGUAUGAGAGAAUUGUUGUCAGAAUAAAUAAACGAAUUAUUAUAAA